AUGGGAAAUUUGAGCUAUUCUGUUAGAGAUUUCCUUAUCAGGUUCUUGAUGGUUAGCAAAUGGAAUGGUGGAUUUUUGGUUCAAUUUGUGGUUCUAUCAGAUUUAUGGUGGCUAGUCUCAGGUUUAGGCUCCAUGUCUUCCAUUGCCGUUUCUUAUGGUGAGAAUGGUCCUGUCUUUUGUGGUAUAAAAUCAGAUGGAUCUCAUCUUGUGAAUUGUUAUGGUUCAAAUUCAGCUAUAAUCUAUGGAACUCCAACUCAUUUCCCUUUUAUCGGUCUAACUGCUGGAGAUGGCUUUGUUUGUGGGCUUCUGUUGGAAUCUAACCAACCCUAUUGUUGGGGAAGUAGUGGCUAUCUUCGACCAGGUGUGCCUCAGCCGAUGAUGGAAGAGGCUGAGUAUGUAGAAAUCAGUGCUGGUGAUUACCAUUUAUGUGGUUUGAGAAAGCCAUUAACUGGCAGGCAUAGAAACCUCGCUCUUAUUGAUUGUUGGGGUUACAACAUGACAAGGAACCAUGUGUUUGAUGGGCAGAUUCAAUCAAUCUCAGCUGGUUCUGAGUUUAAUUGUGGAUUGUUUUCAGAGAAUAGGACUGUUUUCUGUUGGGGUGAUGAGGCUAGUAGCCAAGUAAUCAGCUUGAUUCCUCAAGAAAUGAGGUUUCAAAAGAUUGCAGCUGGUGGAUAUCACGUUUGUGGGAUUCUAGAGGGGGUGAAUUCAAGAGCCUUUUGUUGGGGAAGGAGCUUGGACCUUGAAGAAGAGAUUUCUCUGAUAUCAGCAGCGUAUUUGAAUCAAGGCAAUGUUCAUUUGCCUCCGAGUUAUCCUAUGUUGUCUGUCGUGGGAGGAAAGUUCCAUGCUUGUGGAAUCAAGAGCUAUGACAGCGAGGUGAUUUGUUGGGGCUAUAUUGUAAAACCAAGCACUCCAACUCCUACCGGCAUUAAGGUCUACGAAAUCGCUGCUGGAAAUUACUUCACUUGUGGAAUUCUUGCCGAGAAAUCUCUCUCACCUGUUUGUUGGGGUCUUGGGUUCCCUAGCUCUCUUCCCCUAGCUGUUUCACCUGGACUCUGCAAGACUACUCCUUGCCCGCCUGGUUCCUUCGAAGUUUUUGAUGCCAAUGCACCUUGCAAGUCUCCAGAUUCUCAUGCUUGCUUGCCUUGCAGUAAUGGUUGCCCUGCUGAAAUGUACCAGAAAACGGAAUGCACUUCGAAAUCAGACCGCCAGUGUGAUUAUAAUUGUUCGAGUUGCUAUUCAGCAGAAUGCUUCUCAAACUGUUCUUCUUUAUAUUCCAAUGAUGCUAAAGGAAAGAACAGGUUUUGGUCAUUGCAAUUGCCGGUCGUUAUUGCAGAGAUAGGCUUUGCUGUGUUCUUGGUGAUUGUUGUAACAGCAACUGCUAUUUUGUAUGUUCGCUAUAGGUUAAGGAACUGCCAAUGCUCGACAAAACAAUCGAAGCCGAAAAAAACCAAUGGAAGUGGUUCUUCAAUUUCUAAAGAUAACGGAAAGAUCCGCCCCGACAUGGAUGAGAUUAAGUUAAGGAGGGCAGAGAUGUUCACUUAUGAGGAGCUUGAAAGGGCCACCAGUGGAUUCAAGGAAGAAUCCAUAGUGGGAAAAGGAAGUUUCUCAUGUGUUUACAAGGGGGUAUUAAAGAAUGGGACAGUCGUUGCGGUUAAAAAGGCUAUAGUGUUUUCUGAUAAGCAGAAAAACUCCAAAGAAUUCCACACUGAGCUUGAUCUGCUAUCAAGACUAAACCAUGCCCAUUUGCUCAACCUGCUUGGCUAUUGUGAAGAAGGUGGAGAAAGGCUUCUGGUCUACGAAUUCAUGGCUCAUGGAUCCUUGCACCAGCAUCUUCAUGGGAAGAACCCUGCCUUAAAACAGCAGUUGGAUUGGGUUCGUAGGGUUACCAUUGCGGUUCAAGCAGCACGGGGAAUCGAAUACUUGCAUGGUUAUGCUUGCCCACCUGUAAUUCAUCGAGACAUCAAAUCUUCAAACAUUCUCAUUGAUGAAGAACACAAUGCCAGAGUGUCUGAUUUUGGCCUUUCUUUGUUGGGGCCAGCUGAUAGUAGCUCGCCAUUGGCUGAGCUACCUGCGGGAACUCUUGGCUAUCUUGAUCCUGAGUACUACAGGCUUCACUACCUCACAACCAAAUCUGAUAUUUAUAGCUUUGGCGUGUUGCUUUUGGAAAUCCUCAGUGGCAGAAAAGCCAUAGAUAUGCAAUAUGAAGAAGGAAACAUAGUCGAAUGGGCAGUUCCUCUGAUCAAAGCUGGAGAUAUAUCGGCCAUAUUGGACCCAGUUUUGAAGCCUCCAUUGGACACUGAAGCUUUGAAAAGGAUUGCAAACGUGGCUUGCAAGUGUGUUAGAAUGAGGGGGAAGGAAAGGCCGUCAAUGGAUAAAGUAACAACAGCUUUAGAACGUGCCCUUGCACAGCUAAUGGGCAGUCCAUGCAAUGACCAGCCAAUAUUGCCAACCGAAGUUGUUCUUGGAAGCAGUAGAUUGCACAAGAAAUCUUCUCAAAGAUCUUCGAACCGAUCAGCAGUCUCGGAAACUGAUGUCGUAGAAGGCGAAGACCAAAGGAUCGAGUUCCGUGCGCCUUCGUGGAUAACUUUUCCGAGCGUUACUUCCUCGCAAGGGAGAAAGUCUUCAGCCUCGGAUGCAGAUGUUGAUGGCAAAACCUCAGCAAGAACUUUAGGCUACGUUGCAAAUGUAGGGGAUGGGUUGAAGAGUUUGGACGAAGAGAUUGGACCUGCUUCACCUCAAGAAAGACUGUUCUUGCAGCAUAAUUUCUGA